ACGUUUUCGUUGCCAUGGAUUAUCACAAGCGGAGUUACGGCAGCUUCCACGGACGCGUCCACCUGCGAGGCUCGUCUCCGAUGGACGCCUCUCUGGUCCUCACAGACAUCACCCUGGAGGAUUAUGGGAGAUACAAGUGUGAAGUCAUUGACGGGCUGGAAGAUGGAACCGUGGUGGUCUCCCUCGAUCUGGAAGGUGUCGUCUUCCCCUACUUCCCCCGCCUGGGUCGCUACAACCUCAACUUCUACGACGCUGAGCGGGCGUGUCGGGACCAGGACGCCACCGUGGCCUCCUUCGACCAGCUGUACGACGCGUGGCGAGGAAAGCUGGACUGGUGCAACGCCGGCUGGCUGAGUGACGGCUCGGUCCAGUAUCCCAUCACCACCCCCAGAGAGCCCUGCGGAGGCAAGAACACGGUGCCGGGCGUCCGCAACUACGGGCUGAGGGACAAAGAGAAGAACCAGUAUGACGUGUACUGCUUCACCUCACACUACAAAGGUCGGUUCUACUACCUGAUCCACCCGUCGAAGUUAACAUACGACGAGGCGGUUACCGCGUGUCAGAAAGACGGCGCCCAGAUCGCCAAGGUUGGCCAGAUGUACGCCGCCUGGAAGCUGCUGGGCUACGACCGCUGCGACGCCGGCUGGUUGGCCGACGGCAGCGUGCGUUACCCCAUCUCCCACCCCCGCCGGCGCUGCAGCCCUACGGAGGCCGCCGUGAGGUUCAGCGGCUUCCCCGACAAAAAGCACAAGCUGUACGGAGUGUACUGCUUCAAGGGCCACAACUGAGCCACACACACACA